GACACUAGUGUGACCUUUAUGGGCGGCGCUUUAGUUACUUCCGGAAAUUUGAUUAUUUGAUUUGUGUUUUUUGGCCCAAAAAUUGAGUUUUUCGCUGUGAAACACGCACAGUUGUUGUUGCCCUCACUUUUUGGUACAUUUCCAAUAUCGCGUCAGCCCGUUAUCACCUCUAAUUGUGUUGGCAACAAUGUUAAAUAUUUGUUGAUAACGGGAUAAAACCGUGUUGUGAUUGUAAAUCAGAGCCAAGGUCGCUAAAUUAGAUCUUAUGGAUCCUUGGGGCAGCGCCGGAAACGAGCCUACAGUCGUUGAAAGUCGCUUUGAAGACAAUUUCGUUCCCUCAGUGCGUGACACCUUGCCCGAUUCGGACCAGUACCUUGCAACUUUAGAAAAACGUCUGCGUGAUAUUAAGAAUGACCCCGACUUUUUGAAACAGUUGCGGGCUAAACGGGAGGCCUGUUUGCAGAAUUUGCUCAACGGCGAGACCCAGUUUGAGCGCGACGACGACUUGGACGCCCCGGUCAACAACUCGCACCUAAUCCGGACCAUUCUGCCCCAGAAGCAGGCCCUAAACAAGGGGGAAAUCGUCGAGUUGAUCAACUACGAGGAGUUGGGGAGCGAGAGCGAAAAUGACGUCGAUUGACUUCGCCAGAAAGGCGCUAGUGGUGGUCACGGGGGCUUCCCGCGGGAUCGGGCGGACGAUAGCCCUCGAAAUCGCGCGUAAUUUGAACCAAAACUCGAUUCUUAUCCUCCUGGCGCGGUCUAGCAACGACCUUGAGCAAACCAAAAACCUCAUUCUGGAAGUGGAUAAGUCGCUCAAUGUUAUCACAGAGUCGGUGGACUUGUCCUCGGCCGAUGUCCCCACGUAUGAGAAAAUCAUAGAUAAGGCCACAGCUUCGGUCGAUACUACGGGAAUCGAGUUCGGGAUUAUUUUUCACAACGCGGGAACCACCGGCGAAAUCAAGCGGACCACGGACUUGACCGAUGUUAAAAUCUGGCGGGAAUAUUACGAUUUGAAUUUGUUCCAAGUCACGGCUUUGAAUUCCGUUUUCGUGAGGAGAAUACGGCCGAUAGCGCCGCAGUUAGUUGUGGUUAAUAUCACGUCGUUGUGUGGGAGAACACCGUUUAAGAAUUUGGCAAUGUAUGGGUCGGCGAAAGCCGCAAGAGAGUUGUUUUUCAAGGUUUUGGCCCUCGAAGAGGAGAAUAUUAUUGUCUUGAAUUACUCGCCAGGGCCUGUUGAUACUAGCAUGUUUGACAGUAUUAUCACUAAUGCACAAAGUGAGGAGGUCCAAGAAAGUUUUAAAAAGGUGAAGGAGUCCACGAUUUUGACGUGUGAGCAGACUGUGGGGCGACUGAUAGCACUGCUGGAGAAAGGGGACUUCAAGUCGGGAGAUACGAUUGAUUAUUAUGAUAGGUUGUAACUUGUUAUAUUACUUGUAUUAUGGCUAUGUGGAAUAUUGUGCUAGCAAAUAUAUUUCCUCCUUGAGUUAAUA